UGAUCGGCUGCAAUAACAGCUCAAGAGUGAAGAGUGAGUCAGCAAAACUCUGCUGUCACAGAGAUUACUAUGACAGUCCAGAAAUGUGUGCUCCUCUGGUGGCUUCUCAGUUAUUUAUUUUUGUCAUUUCCAGCACUGCUGUACUUCACUCUGUAUCAGCCGGAGGUGCAUAUUGUGCUAAAACAGCGAGAGCUCGUGCAGCUGCCUUGGGUUUGAAGUAUCCUGGAGUCCAUGGAGCCCCUGAUUUUUCCUCACCAGCUGUUCAUUUGUUGCCUCCUUUAACUUUUAGUUUUGAUCACCUGCCUCCAACUGAAUCUAAUAUGAACUCUUAUGAAGAUGAUCAUAAGAAAGCCCCCUCUGAUAACCCUCGGUAUAUAGGAACUCACGCCAGGGACUCUGGUAGGUUUCCGUUUAGCCAUGGUCCAUUCCCACAAGCCUUAAGGGGACAGAUGGCUGACCAAAUAUUCGGCGUUCCUCAAGGUCUGUUGGACAGAAAGCCUGAGUCCAGUUUGGAGGAGGUCAACCAUGUUGCCCUACCAACACUCGCCAAAGCCUCCAGCCGUCCUGACCCAAUGAAUCUGCACCCUCAAGGUCACAGAAAGCCGUUUCUGUUCAGACGCAGCAAAAACAACCCUGCCGGUGACGAGUUUGCCCCAAAUAGACGUGGCAUGCCUUUGACUGGACAUGCCCCGCUGCUAACCUGGGGUCAUGCCGCUUACCAAAGUGGAAUUAACCCUAAAGUUCCCCUUUUGCAUUCUGCUCGCUUCCUCCAGAGACAGCGUGGCUGGGCUCCAGUGCGUGGCUUUUGGAAAGUGGUCAAGCACCCUGACCAUCUUGCUAAGAAUCUACACGGGAGAGUUGGUGUGAGGCCUCCUAUUCAAGGUAGAGCCAUCUUACAAGGCUUGGGAAAAACAAAGUAAGGUGCUCUUGAAAUGAGUGUGAAGGAAAGGGCCUGACGUAUAGCACAGCUGUCUUGUCAGAUAGUGUCACUGUGACAUGAGUUAACAGGCAUUUUAAGGGCUGUAUGUGUGGGUGGUGGGUUAACAUAACUUCUUCUGCAAGUGUUUAGGCACUACUGCAACUUUAUGUGCAGCCUUAUAUCUGUACAAGUUCAUGUUCUGUUGCUUUCUCAUCUGUAACUCCAAAACAAGUCAUAUCACACCUUCUCUUGAAUAUAAAAUUG